AUGGGUAACCUUUGUAAAGUUCUUUGUUUGCCUUACACAUUAAAUGAAUGAAAAAACAGUUUAAAUAAAAAAUAAAAAUGCAAUCUUGGCGGUAAUACAGUGGAUGAAUUACUGUAAAAUACUAAAAAGUUAAAUCCACUGUAAAUUAAAAAUAAAAGUGAAAAAUAUAAUAUGGGUGAGGAGGGAGAAAGAAAAAAGUAGCAUUUAAUGGAGGAGUGAGAAGAUGAUCAUCCAACCACGUUCGCACCGAAUCUCCAUCCGCAUUUUCUACUGCUGCACUCACUCUGCAACUGUUGCCACAGCCUUGCUGAAAAAUGAGGUGGCUGUGGGUUAUGGGUGUGGCGGUGCUCUGGAGUUGCGGGGCAGCUCUUGGGGGAGACGAGUACGUGAAGUACAAGGACCCGAAGCUGCCGGUUAGCGCGAGAGUGAAGGAUCUCCUUGGACGAAUGUCGCUGGAGGAGAAGAUUGGGCAGAUGGUGCAGAUUGAUAGGCUUGCUGCUACGCCUGAUAUCAUGAGGGAUCACUUCAUUGGGAGUUUAUUGAGCGGUGGUGGAAGUACGCCGCGGCCACAAGCUACUGCUUCUGAUUGGGUUAACAUGGUGAAUGAGUUCCAGAAGGGGUCCCUGUCAACACGUCUAGGGAUCCCCAUGAUCUAUGGCAUUGAUGCUGUUCAUGGACACAAUAAUGUGUAUAAUGCCACAGUAUUCCCCCACAACAUUGGCUUAGGUGCUACUAGAGAUCCCGAACUGUUGCAAAGGAUAGGCGAUGCAACUGCUAUUGAAGUCAGAGCUACAGGAAUUCCCUAUGUAUUUGCUCCUUGCAUUGCAGUAUGCCGAGAUCCAAGAUGGGGUAGAUGCUAUGAAAGUUACAGUGAGGAUCCCAAGGUCGUUGAAGAGAUGACGGACAUUAUAUAUGGGUUGCAAGGUGAAAUUCCAAAUGGUUCGCGGAAAGGUGUUCCUUAUGCUAUUGGCAAGAAUAAGGUAGCAGCUUGUGCGAAACACUUUGUUGGUGAUGGGGGGACGACAAAGGGCAUUAAUGAAAACAACACCGUGACUGACAUGCACGGCUUGCUUAGCAUUCACAUGCCAGCUUAUUAUGACUCUAUCAUUAAGGGUGUGUCAACAAUCAUGGUUUCUUAUUCCAGCUGGAAUGGAAAAAAGAUGCAUGCCAACCAUGAUUUGAUCACUGGAUUUCUGAAAGAAAGGCUCAAGUUCAAGGGUUUUGUAAUCUCAGACUGGCAAGGAAUCGACAGGAUCACAUCUCCACCACAUUCCAACUAUACUUACUCUGUUCAAGCCAGUGUUCUAGCUGGAGUUGACAUGGUUAUGUUACCAUUCAACUUCACUGAGUUCAUAAAUGCACUCACUUUCCUGGUAGACAAUGAAGUCAUUCCUGUGACCCGUGUUAAUGAUGCUGUCGAAAGAAUUUUGCUGGUCAAGUUCAACUUGGGUCUCUUCGAACAUCCUCUUGCAGAUCUUAGUCUUGUCAAUGAGGUUGGAAGCCAGGAACACAGAAAUUUGGCUAGGGAAGCCGUGAGAAAAUCCCUCGUUCUGUUAAAAAAUGGAAAAAAUUCAAGCGAUCCACUGCUUCCCUUGCCCAAAAAAGCAUCGAAAAUUCUAGUUGCUGGUACACACGCGGAUAACUUGGGUUAUCAGUGUGGCGGAUGGACGAUAACAUGGCAGGGAUUCAGUGGAAACAACGAUACAAGAGGAACAACCAUCCUCGAUGCUAUUAAAUCGACAGUUGAUAAGGACACAGAAGUUGUCUACCGCGACAUUCCCGACAGCGAAUUCGUCAAAUCCAGCCACUUCGAUUACGCCAUUGUUGUUAUCGGUGAGUUUCCGUACACGGAAACUGCAGGGGACAGCCAAACUCUCACAAUGGCUGAUCCAGGGCCCGACAUCAUCAACAGCGUCUGCGGAGCCAUCAAAUGCGUCGUCGUCAUUGUUUCUGGCAGACCGAUCGUGAUCGAACCAUAUGUGUCAAGAAUCGAUGCUCUUGUGGCUGCCUGGUUACCAGGCAGCGAAGGCCUCGGCGUGGCAGACGUGCUGUUCGGUGACUACGGCUUCAGCGGCAAACUUCCAAGGACUUGGUUCAAAACGGUGGAUCAACUCCCGAUGAACGUUGGCGAUUCGCAUUACGAUCCACUCUUCCCAUUCGGAUUCGGACUCACUACCAAGUCCACAGUAGCAAGAUCGGUAUCGAAUGGUGUCCAAAGGAUGCCGUGCUUAUCCAUCGCUAUGAUCCUUGUUCUACUCGCGGGCUUGUUUUUUCAAGGUAAUAAAUUGAUCGAUGAUUUGGAGUUGUAGAUGGAUAGAUGAAUUGAUGAAAUUUCGAGAGAAGAGAAGAGAAGAUGAUCGUAUUUUUGGAAACGCAUGCAAAAGAUAGCGAGCGAUGGUGUAUGUAGUUGUAGUAGUAGUAGUAGUAUUCGUCGUCGCUCAAUCUCCUUAAUUGCGCCAUUGUAAUGUCGAGUUUACCGUUGACACAACGGUCGAAUAUUUGGAUGCUACGGACUACAAGUUACCCGAUACAAUAGCAAUGGCACGGCUCUUGCUGGUUAAA